CGUUUUUAUUUAUUUAUAUUAAAUUAUUUCGAUCAAUAAUUGACAAUUUGACACUAGUUUAUGGCCUAUUCUGGAUAUAAAUUGUCAGAAUCUAAAAACGUAACGGCUUUGAUUUAUUAAGCCCAACAAAAAAUGGGCCGACACUUCCAAGCCCAGGUACUUAAGCCACGUGUUAAAAUCUGAGUGGAACAAAAUCAAAUGCUUGUAGCUUUGGCGGAUUUUGCCUGUUAUAUGCUCUGCACUGAUACAACUGAACAAACGUGUCAGCUAUCUUCUCUCCCUCUCUUUCACUAUUUCUGGGUUUGUAUCUUUUUCCCACUCCAAUCCUUCACUAAUCUCGAUGAUCAAAAAUAUCCAUUUAUUAUCUUCUUGGAAAAGCCAUCAAUGUCUUGAUCUAUGCAUUAUUCUCAUUUUCCCUUUACAAAAAUCACUAACUAAAACAAGUAUAAUAUUUUUCAGGAUGAAGAACAAAGCAUCCAUGGACGCUACUCAUCCUCCACCGCAGUUGCCAUCUCUCUCUGACCUUGAAGCUCGGAUGCAAAUCCUGCGCGAGUCUGGUUUUGAAGAAAGCCAAGGAGAUGAUGAUACAUUUGGUCAACGAGCUGAAUGGUUUUACCAGAGACGACCUCUGCUUCUCAAGCUUUGUCUUGACCUGUACAACGGCUACAUCACUCUCUUGGGUCGUUCUUCUCAUCAGACCAGACUUAAACCCACAACUUCUAUUCCCAACCAGCUUCUCCAAGAUGAUGAUGACUGCAUUUCAGACCUUGAUUCCGUUAGUGAGAUCAGUUCCGAAGUCGAAAGCACCUUAUCCUUUCAACAGAUGCAAGAUUCUGCUGCGGUUUCAGAGAAAGUUGAGGAGCUGGUAUCCCAACUUGUGACAGCAAGCUUGGACAAAGAGAUACUGAAACACGAGUUACUUCACAAGGAGCAACAGUUUCAUGAAGCCUCCAAGACUAUAGAGCUGUUGAAGAAGUUUGUCAUGUUGCUGGAGAUGGAGAAAGAAGUGGCUGUGGAGGAAAACGCUAAUCUUGGCUACAAACUCACUUCUCUUUUGGAGGAGAACAGAGAGCUAGCGACUGAGGCGUUGUUCAUGAAGAAUGAGGCUGUUGGGCUCGCUAGGUGUGUGCUUAAGAUGAGAGAUGAUCAUUUUCACAAGGUCUGCAUUCUCCAGAACCGCAUCUACUCACUUCAGGCAUCCAGGAACUCAGAGCCUGUCUCUGAUAAGGUCUCAUCCGGAUGCUUUGGCCUGAAUAAGCAUAAGACCAAAAAGAAGAAGGAGAACAAAACCGAAGAGAAGACUGGAUUCAAGUGGUUGAAGAAGCUGAACAACAUUAACCUGUUUACAAAGCGCAGCCUUAACCCAUCAGCUGCUGCUCCUUCAUGCUGCACUUUCGACAUGCCUAAUUAGCUUAAUCCUUUGGUGUACUAGUAAACUAAGAACAAUGCAUACAUGACUAUGUAUGUUCUAUUGCCUUAUUAGGUUUCAUGCUUUUCAGUGCAUCGCCCUGAUGCACAGUUUGUUGUAUCCUGCAAACAAUCUGUGACUCCUCGAUUUACAGAUGUAUGGUUUUCAUGACUUACUUAUCUAGUAAA